GACCCUGCGGUUGCUUUCGCGGCGGGCAACGUUGGAGGGCCGACAGAGUGGAAGGUCUCUGACAUGGAGGAGUUCUUUGCAGCUGCCCAGACCUGGUUGGAAGAGGAGAGGCGGGCCAUCGAGCAGGAAGAGGAGCAGAGAAGGAGAAGGAGGCAGCUUCAGCAGAAGAAGUUUGAAUGGCUCUUCUUGCGGCAGACGCCUCUGAUCAUGGCCCGUGUCUACAGGGUGGAGAGGCUUUCAUGGUAUCUGCCCCUGCUGGUGCCUCUUUAUGGGGGUAUGGUUGCGAUCAACUACAGCGUAGUCCCGCACGGCACUGUGGAGGAGUCCGACUGGACCCUUUCGCUUGUUGUGAUGGGCGUCAUGGGAGUGUGCUUCUUCUGCAUUCCCUGGCUCGUUCCGCAGAUCAUCAGAAGCGAUCGCUGUUUGGUGGCGACUUCCGGAAUCUGGACUCAACCCCUAAAACCCUAG